AUGCCUCGCCCCUACAGGGCACCGUACAUCCCCGGCAUCACCGUGCUCAUCCCGCACUACGGCGAGACGAUCCUCAUGCAGAAGAAGGACUUGUUCAAGAACUCGAACAGCGACAACGUGCCUCUCGUCAACUGGCUGACGCGCAGGUACCAGGAGGAGUUCGAGUUCUUCACGACCCGGAUGCAGGCGCGUCAGGGGCCGGGCGAGGCGUGGUCCGUGGCCGGUUCCGACUGGGAGAGCUACACCGACUACCAGUGGGGCAAGGUCAGCAAUUGGGCUGCCAUGCGACAGCAGACGCUCUUCCGCACCGUCGCGGGAAUGUGCUAUUACUACCCAGCGCUCCAGGCUCAUUUCGAGCUUCAGGGAGACAAGAGCAGUUCGCUCGCCAGCGUGUGGGAUGCCAGCGACGUCUUCACCUGUAUGGUCUCCAUGCAGAUGUACAAAUUCUUCGACAAGACGAUGCUGGAGCACACGAACUACAUGUUCGAAAAGUUUCCCAAGUGCCUCAAAGUCGCUUUCAUUGACUGCGAGGAGAAGGGCCCAGUGGGGAGCUCGGAUGGGGUGCACAUGCGGCAGAAACGCAGGUACUACAGCUGCUUGAUCGACAGGACGAGCCCCCUGGAGGGCGACAGGAGGAAGCCCAAGUUUCGGGUCGAGCUGCCCGGGUACCCCAUUCUUGGGGACGGUAAGGGCGACAACCAGAACCAUGCCAUUCCAUUCAUGCGCGGCCACUACUCGCAGGGCAUCGACGCCAAUCAGGGCGCUUAUUUCGAGCAGAUGAUGCUGCUGCCGUGCGCGCUGGGUGAGUUCCGUUCGCGUCAGCGCGGAGACGGCAGCGGCAAGAAGAUUCUGGGAUUCCCCGAGCACAUCACCAGUGACAUCGGUUCGGUGGGCGAUUUUGCCGCCUCAGCCGAGGUGGCUUUCGGGACUAUUCUGCAGCGCACUUACGCAGUACUGGGUGCACGGAUGCACUACGGACAUCCCGACAUCAUGAACAAAUUGUACAUGAUGCAGCAGGGAGGCGUGUCCAAGGCCACCAAGACGUUGAACCUUUCCGAGGACAUAUUCGCUGGCAUGGACUUUACGCUUCGAGGAAACGGGCGCCAAAUCAAGCACUGCGAAUAUUUCAACCUCGCCAAGGGGCGGGACCUUGGCUUCAACACCGUGCUGGGCUUCUUCUCCAAGCUAUCCUCGGGCACCGGCGAGCAGAUCCUAACGCGCCAGAUGUUCCGCCUUUCGCAGGUGCUGCACCUGCCGGAGGCCCUUGCUUUCUUCUACGCGCACGCGGGGUACUACCUCAACCAGUUCAUCGUCUCCUGGUCCAUGCCCAUGCUGGUGUUCGUCUGGCUGCUGGUCCUCCUGUCCGACUGCGAGGGUAAGCUGGACGCCUUUCUGAUGUGCGAGGCGGACCAGAAGUCCGCGGCGGCGGUCAUGGCAUCUGCGCUGGCGACCUGCUACUCGUGGCUCAUGCUACUGUUCCUGUUCGCGACCUCCUUCCCGCUCUUCGCCGAGCUCUGGAUGCAGCGCAACCUCAAGACUGCCGUGUGGAAGAUGCUGCAGAGCUACCUCACGCUGUCGCCCUUCCUCUUCAUCUUCCAGGCCAAGUGCAUCGGCCACUACAUCGUGAACGAGUUCCGGUACGGAGGCGCCACCUACGUGGCCACGGGGCGGGGCCUCCCCACGGAGCGGCGGCCGUUCGUGGGGGAGAUGCGGCCGAGAUCCGAGGGCUUCCUCAAGAUGGACAAGGUUGGCGGCCUCUACCUCGACUACGCCUCCAUCACCUACUACGACGGGGCGAUGCUGCUCGUCGGGCUCGGCUUCGUCGUCGCGGCGGGCGGCACGCCGAGCGACGCCCUCCCCGCCCUGACCUGGACGUUCGUCUCGUGUGCCCUCGUGCUGGUCGCCUGGCUGUACGGGCCCUUCAUCUUCAACCCGUACCAGUUCGAGUACAAGCACUUCCGCGAGGAUGCCCGCGCGUUAUGCGCCUUCUUCCUCGAGAACAACGGCCACAACUGGCUCGAAUGGUACAAUAGGGCGCAGCUCAAGCCCGGCCACGCCCUCCAGAAGUCGGUCGUGGACAUCGCCUUCUUCGGCUUCAUCUUCGUCGUCGCGGCCUGGUACGUGACCGUCACCGUCAAGGUGGAGCUCCUGGUCUCCCUCUUCUCCGAGUACGUCGGCUACGAGCUGCUGUACGCCACGGCGCUCCUGCCCCCGGUCUUCCUCUCCUUCGGCUUCUGCCUCUGCGUGGUGGCCCUCGAGACAGUCAGCGGCUGCUCCAGCAGUGUCCGGCGCAGCGUCGAGGCCCGCGUGCAGAGCCUGCAGCGGAGGCGGAGGCAGGCUGCCGGGGACGUCGGUGACCCCGAGGCCGGCGAGCCCAGCCGCAGGGCGGAGGACUUUGCCGCCUCGGCGCCGGCCCCCUCGCGAGUGAACACGAGCGCGCUGGGCGAGCGGGUGCAAGGCCUCUGCGGGCUGUCCCUCGGGCUUCCGCUGCCUGCCACCGCGCUGCUCGUGGUUGCCAUGGAUGCCGCGGAGCUGGGCCUGGCGCUCCGAGAGAUCUACUUCGUGGGCUGGUCGAACGCUCUGCUGGCGGGCGUGGUGCUGAAGCUGACGCUGCUGUCCGCCACGAUCAUCUUCGGGGAGGGCGUCCUCCGCUCGGACUCCUUCGCUUGGCUGAGGACCUGCUGGGCUCCCCUGGCAAUGCCGCUGGAGACGUGGGUCCGCGCGCACCGCAUGGCCAGGGACAUCUUCACGUCCCUGCUCAUCUUCCUGCCGCUGAGCGUGUUCGUGGCGCUCAACUCGCUGAACGUGUCCCUGUGCCCCAGCUGCAACCUGCACCAGCUGUGCCUCUACCGCGACCCGGGCCACGCGGCGCGCGAGGAGCACGAGUGGCACAUCGAGCAGGAGCCCGCCGUGGCGCGCGCGCCGCCGCAGGCGGCCAUGCCCCCGCCGGCCGAGGGGCCCGAGCGGGGCGCCCUCGCGCGCUGGGCUUCCGGGGCGGCCGGCUGA